CUUCGGCCUGGGGGACGCACGCCUCUUGUGUGUACCAGCCUGGCUCUGGGCACAAUGGCGGCCCGGGCUGGUAGAGCAGGAGGCACGGUGCGGUCUGUCCAUUCCUGCGAGCACUGGGAGAUUGUAAAACCGUCUGUGAGUGAGCUGUGUCGUGAGGUGCGCAGUAACAUUCUGUGCACAGUGAAGGGCUGCGGGAAGGUUUUACCCAACCCACCAGCCCUCAAUAUGCACCUGGUGAAGUCCCACCGUGUACAGGAUGGAAUUACUGAUCCCACCUUAAGAAAACAUUUAAAAUCAUCCCAGAAGUUAUACUGCUGUCCUAUUGAAGGUUGCCCCAGAGGAACAAACAGACCCUUUUCCCAGUUUUCACUUGUAAAGCAGCACUUCAUGAAAAUGCACGCUGAAAAGAAGCACAAAUGUGACAAAUGUGGAAACUCUUAUGGCACUGAGUGGGACUUAAAACGUCAUGUAGGCUACUGUGGGAAGACAUUCGAGUGCACCUGUGGUUGUCCAUAUGCCAGCAGAACUGCUCUCCUGUCGCACUCAUAUAGGACUGGACAUGAAAUACCAAUAGAACACAGAGAUCCCCCUGUAAAGAAAAGAAAGAUGGAAGCAUCUGUUCACAAUCGGAAAACUAUUAACGAGAAAUCACGUUCCAAUCAUGAAAUCUCUACAGUUUCUGCUUCUCUAGAUCUACAAACUACAGAUACCAAACCACAACUUUCUACUGAAACUGUUAGUGAUCCUUCUGUUUUUGACUGCAUGUCUCUUCAACCAAACCAUACUCAGAAUUUGCUGCUACCAAAGUUGGCAUUAGUUAAGCUACCUGUAAUGCAACUGACUCAUUUGCCUGUUCUAGUUUCAUCAUCUGAUUAUACUGUUAAACCAAUGAUAGUUACUGUUAAUAGUAAUAAAGGAUCUAUUAUGACUAAUGUACAAAUUCUACCUCACUAUAAUGGAACGAUUCUGCCAACGGUAGAUGUUGAAGCUUCUUUACCUUCAAAUGUUUUACUCCCCAGGAAUGUGGGUUACUGUUCAGUUUCUUCCACAAACAGCAUUGCUCAAGUUAAUGCAGACAAAUCAUUCGCUAGUAACACAAUACCAGAGAUGAGUAAUGUUCCUCACAAGCACAGAAUUACAUCAGAUGUUCAGACUGAUUUGUCUUACUUUUCUCAGAAUAUAUUACCAGAUGUUAGUUGGACUUCCAGUGAAUCAUCUGUGUCGUCUUGUUCUCAAACUGAUUUAUCAUUCAGUGCACAGGUCACUUUGCCUGUUAGUGUUGAGACUCAAACAUUACAACAAAAUGUAAAUUUGCCGCUGAGUUCAGUGAUGGAAGCUUCUAAUCCUUGUUUUACUUACGGAAUUUCUCGGGAGACUCAAACAAAUUUGGCCAAUUCACAAAAAGAUAUCAUGCUGGUGGAUCAGGCAGUUAUGUGUGAAAAUAUUUUUAGUGGUAAUCAUUCUUCUUAUACUGUUUCAACUCAAACAAACCACAACACAAAUAAUAUGAUUUCCAAUACUUUGGACCAAAAUGUAAUAAAUAAUGAUAUAAGGGAUGAGGCAAUGAAAUCUACACAUUUCAUAAACUUUAGUACGCAGAACAGCACUUUUUCAUCCCAAAAUAUGACUGAUAACCAAACUCAAACAAUGGAACUUUUAAAUGAUCUUGAAAAAAUCUUAUCUGAUAAUAUAUCAGGACAAUCUAUGGACAAUCGCAAUCUGUUGACAGACUCGGGUGCUGAAGCCCAUUUGUCAUCAAACUGUACAAAUAACCCAGGUAUAGAUUUUGAUAUAGAAGAAUUCUUUUCUGCAUCCAACAUUCAGACACAAACUGAUGAGAGUGAGCUGGGGAAUCUCACUUCUGAAUAUUUAGAUAUCGAAACACAGACAGACUUUUUGUUUUCGGUUGAAUCUGCCCAGUCGUACUGUAACAAAGGAAAUUCCAACCUCAUUGGGAUGGAGAUGUUUGAUACUCAGACACAGACAGACUUGAAUAUCUUUCUUGAUAAUAAUUCUCACUUGCCUUUAGGCACUCUCCUCAAGCAGUCGAGCUUUUCAAUGAGCACUGACUCCUCUGACACAGAGAGUCACUCGGAAAUUACUUCAGAGAGCAAAAAUAUUUCAUGUCAAAACAUGGAAUGCAAUGUACUGCAGAGCAGUGCUGAAACCCAGACUACUGAUGGCUGCAUUGAAACUCUAGGUCAUUUAUUUCUUACCAGCAAUGAGACCCAGACUGCAAUAAAUGACUUUCUCCUUGCAGACCUUGCAUGGAACACUAUUGAUUCACAGUUCAGCUCUGUGGAGACACAGACAUGUGAUGAGCUUUUUUCCCUUUUCUCCUCUGAAAAAUCAGAUAGUUGAGCAGUUCACCUAAGAACAAUAUUGACUGAUGACACUGAAUGAGUAUUCUGCUUCCUGUUUUAGUUUUUUUGUUUAUUUGUUGAAAUAAUUAUUUAUGGCCUUGCACGUCUUAUUGUGUUUGAAGAACCAAAAAAAAGAAUCACUCCUAUCCUUUCUUACGAAAAGCAUUUGAAAGCCAUAUCAUCUCUGAUGUAAGUUCCAGCAGACAUACAGAAAGAUGAACAUUGAGAUAAAAGCACUUCAUGAGACCAUUUUAAAUUAAUGUCAUGAGAAAUGCAUGAUAAUGUAUCUGUAUAUGCCGUUUCUAGAGAUAUUGUCUGUAUAGUACAAUGCCUGUUACACCUAGAAAAAGCACUUUAUUUAUUUUUUUUGUUGUUGUAAAUUAUUUAUACUGUGAGUAAAAUUAACUAAUGAAA